AUGGUCUUCGGCGCCGUGCAGCGCGCGGCCCAGACCUUCGACGCGGGCCUCGCCGCGCCGCGCGCGCUCUGCGGCGCGGCCCGCGGCAGCCGCGCGCUCAACUCCGUCUUGGGCAGCUCGUUCGUGCUCGCGUUCGCCGGCGAGGAUCUGGUGAAGCUGACGGAUUUCCGCGACGACGCGAAGCUCGAGAAGAACCUCGAGGGCUGCGCGACGGUCGUGGCGCCCGCGCGGCUGCGGCCCGCGGGGGCCGUGACGGGCACGGAGUGGACGUGGGACCUCGACUGCGACGUCGACGAGUCCGUCGCCGACGGCGACGACGCGGUCUUCGGGCGCGUGGCGCGCGUCGCCGCGAAGCUCGGCGCCCACGUCAUCGCCGUCGCGUCGCCGGCGUCCGCGGGGGGCGUCGAGGCGGCGCUCGCGGCCGCGGGCGCGGCGCACACGGUCCUCGUCGUCGGCGAGGUCGCGCUGACCAAGGGCUGGUACCUCGACAAGGGCGUCCAGCAGGUCAUCUCCUGCGCGCCGGGCGUGGCGCGGGACCCCGGCUGCGUCCAGGCCGAGGACCUCGGCGCCGUCGUCGCGUACGCGGCGACGUGCCUCGACCCGGCGAGUUCGCGCGUCCUGACGCUGUCCGCCUCGAGCGAGGGCUACGACGACCAGGAGGCCCUCGCCCGGGCCAUCAACGCGGGCCUCCGGGGCAUGGCCGUCGCCGCGAUGAAGAAGGCGACGACGCCGAAGCGGAUGGCGAAGGUCGCGCGCUGCUGCCAGCGCCACUCCGUCGUCCAGCCCACGCGGUCGACGGACUCGAGGAGGAGCACGACAAGGCCGACGGCGAACGUCGCGUUCGCGGCGAUGGCGCAGCGGAUCUGGGCCACGUUCUUCUCCGCCGCCUUCGGCACGCCGAGCCACCUGGCCUACAGCAGCUUCAGCCACAUCGGGGACGUGCAGAACCUGAGCUUCGCCGUGGGUCUGCGGGAGGACGAGGAGCACGCCGAGCUCUACGUGCAGAAGAUCCUGCCCAUGUGCAAGAUCGUGCCCGGGAAGCCCCUGGAGAAGCGGAAGCGGACGACGGCGACCGUCGACGUCGACGUCGACGCGAUCGAGGUGCCCGAGAUCAUCGAGAUGCGCAACCGCCUCAAGGAGAUCCUGCGGGGCUGCGACAAGAUGGAGCUCGAGGAGCACCAGGUCGGCGAGGACCUGAACGCGGCCGCGGAGAAGCUCGAGAUGGUCGAGAAGCGGUCGUCGCAGAUCGACGAGCAGCUCGACGGCCUCAACGAGCAGCUCACGGAGGAGCGGAACCGGUCCAUGGUCGCGUCCAUGGACGCGGAGCAGACCAAGGCCACGCACAAGGAGCUCUGCGAGCAGGUGUCGAUCUCCGAGGUCGCGAUCACGAAGCUCGAGUCGGAGCUCGCGGACAAGCGGCGCCAGCUCCAGGCCCUCGAGGAGUGCAGCGACCUCGAGAUGGUCUUCGGGCGGCGCCACGCGCCCCAGAAGGAGGACCUGGACCUGUCGCGCGAGGUCGCGAAGCUCGAGGACUGGAAGCUCGCGCCCGCCAAGGCGGAGAAGCGGCGCCUCAAGUCGGCCCAGGCCGCGAAGCGGGGCGGCGCGCAGCACGUCGACGACGUCGCCGCGUCCAAGCUCGCCGACUUCUCCUACGCCGAGCGCAUGGGCCAGUUCAAGCGCAAGCUCCGCGUCAACGACGGCCAGUGGAAGACGGGCGCGGAGCUCGCCAAGGCCAAGUAG